AUGAACGUGAGUUUUCAAGGAAAGUCAUAUGCCGUUACACGAACAACAAAAUCGAUUUUAGACUUGAAAGUUUACUUGUCGAAGAAAACCCACGUUCCUAUGUCUGAUAUGGAAAUAUAUAAGAAAAAUAAAUUACUUCCUGACGAAUACAAGCUUGAUUCUGCUGAAAAGGAAAAAGAGAUCACUUUAGAAUGCAAAAUCAAUGAAAAGCAGACCGAUAAAACUAAUAAUGAAAUAAUUUCGUAUCAAGUCGAUCCGGAAAAAGUAAAAUACUUAACAAACAUGGGAUUUACGUCACGCCAAGUCACUGCUGCGUUGAAUAUAACUAAAGGUGAUGCUGAUAAAGCAGUAUUUAUCUUAAAACAAACUGCAACUCCGAAAUGA